AGCCUGUAUCGGUUGUGUGAAUUGCCAAAAACAUUUUGUUUGGUAGAAUUGAACUGGUUUUACGGUGCUUCUGGUUUAGCGGAAUAGAAAAACGUUGAAAAAUAUGCGCCUUCUUUUUCUUCUCUCACCUUCGCACCUUUCGCUCCCACCGUCGUGGUGCUAUUAAUGAGAUUUAAGGUUGCAAACAUUAGUCAUACAACGAGACGGAAUAGGUGACCCAGCGCUGUAUAAUAAUCCAGCGAAAUGGCACCGACCUUGCAAAAAGCAAUCGACAUAGUGACGAAAGCGACGGAGGAGGAUAGGAAUAAAAAUUAUAAAGAAGCCCUCCGGCUUUAUGAGCACGGGGUUGAGUACUUCCUCCAUGCGAUCAAAUAUGAAGCACAAGGCGACAAGGCAAAGGAAUCGAUUCGUGCCAAGUGCUUUCAGUAUCUCGAUCGUGCGGAAAAGUUAAAAGCGUACUUGAACAAGGGCACGAAGGGCAAGAAGCCAGCCAAGGAUGGGGAGAGAAAGUCGAAGGAUAAGAGUGGCGAUGGCGACAGGAACAGCUCGGACUCAGACUCGGACAAUCCGGAAAAAAAGCAGCUGCAGCACAAGUUGGAGAGCUCGAUCGUUAUCGAAAAGCCGAACAUCAAAUGGUCGGAUGUAGCUGGGCUUGAGGGAGCCAAAGCGGCACUGAAGGAAGCCGUGAUUCUGCCGAUCAAAUUCCCACACAUGUUCACAGGCAAGCGCAUGCCCUGGAAGGGUAUACUGCUGUUUGGCCCACCCGGAACGGGCAAAUCGUACUUAGCCAAGGCGGUUGCGACCGAGGCGAACAAUUCGACAUUUUUCUCGGUCUCCAGCUCCGAUCUGGUGUCGAAAUGGGUCGGCGAAUCAGAGAAGCUAGUGAAGAAUCUGUUCGAGUUGGCCAGGGCCCAUAAACCAAGCAUCGUCUUCAUUGACGAGGUGGAUUCGCUGUGCUCUGCCCGUUCGGAUAACGAGAGUGAAAGUGCGCGCCGUAUCAAGACCGAGUUCCUGGUCCAAAUGCAGGGCGUAGGCAGCGAUAAUGAAGGCAUUCUCGUGCUCGGUGCUACUAACACACCGUGGAUCCUCGAUUCGGCCAUCCGUCGUCGGUUCGAGAAGCGUAUCUACAUCCCACUGCCGGAGGCGAAUGCGCGCCAUGUGAUGUUCAAAAUUCAUCUCGGUAGCACUGCUCACCUGCUCACCGAGGAAGAUCUGCGUACGCUGGCGAGCAAAACCGAGGGCUUCUCCGGGUCUGACAUCUCAAUCGUGGUGCGCGACGCACUCAUGCAGCCGGUGCGCAAGGUGCAGACUGCCACGCACUUCAAAAAGGUCACCGGCCCGUCACCAGUGGAUAAAACGACUAUCUGUGACGAUUUGCUCGUGCCAUGCAGUCCAGGUGAACCGGGAGCGAUCGAGAUGACGUGGAUCGAUGUUCCCGGCGAUAAGCUAUACGAGCCACCGGUUACGAUGUAUGAUAUGCUGAAAUCUCUAGCCAGCACGAAACCUACCGUCAACGAGGAUGACAUGAAAAAGCUGGACAAAUUCACACAAGAUUUCGGUCAGGAGGGCUAGAGGACCGAUCGUGUGUGAAAGGCGCAAUUAGGUAUCUCGCACCACAAAAUUUAUGAAUUUAUAAAUAUAUAUAUAUAUUAUUGUUUACCAGCAAGAUUACCAAGCAAAACGUUCCCCAGGUAUGAUAAAAGGUUUAGUUUGAGUUGAGACACAGUUGCUUCAUUCAGAAAAUUCAGUGGCUAGUGGGCCAUUAAGUAUCCAAUAGACACAAACUCGUUGCAUUGCAAUCAUAACGCUCUCAUUUUCGUGAUCUAUGUUCUCAUUUUGCAAGCAGAUUUCUAUUUCGCAAGCAGAUUUUUUCCAUUCACAUAUGAAUUUGUAUGAAGGAAUUAUUCUGCAGGUUGGAUGAAUAACGGAUCAUCGAGCACAUUGGGACAGCAAAACAAUUAGAAAUAGCCCAUGAAUGUUUUUAUGGAGAGGAAAAACAUAAAAAAUAGAGCAUAUUAAGCGUGCGACCGAUUCGAACCUUGUGACCUGCUUAUGCGUUAAACACGAAUCAAAUUCUUAAACAUGUUGUUUGUAGCUUGAAAAACAGAAAAAAAUAAGCGAGAAAUGCCCAUAUUGAACCGGUUUGAGAGAUUCUGCGCAACGAUAACGCUGGACUCAUCCAUCGGAGGUACUACGACGGAUAGGACAAUAGAACGAGGAUGGUCGGCCGUUUAUACAUUUUCUAUAUUCUUUCCUCACUGACUCCCCCACACCCCUUGUCCCACUCUCUCUUAAACAAUAAAUAAACGAAGAAACAAUCUUAACAAUCCAAAACACGACUGACGGCAUA